AUGAAUUUGAUACUUUUUUUAUUUAUUGCUUUAGUUUCAGCUGAUAAUUACGCUACUUAUCCACAAGUUCCAAAAACUGCUUCAAUUAAUGGAUUUGCAGAUCCGAUUUAUGCUUUAUUACCUGAAUGUGCUAAAGAAUGUGUUAAAUAUAGUACUGGUAAUACACCAUGUCCUUAUUGGGAUACUGGUUGUUUCUGUGUCAUGCCACAAUGGUCUGGUAUGGUUGGUCAAUGUUUUGCUCAAUCUUGUAGCGGUGAAGAUGUUGCAAGUGCAACUUAUUUAGCUAACUCAUUAUGUUCAACUGUUGGUGCUAACACUUGGAUGAUGCCAGCUUCAAUUUCAACAAUGUUAUCCAGUGCUGCUGGAAAUGCAAGAGAAGUUACUACAAUUGAAGGUCAAACUCCAAUGUCAUGGGUUAUUGGUCCAGGAUCAUCAGUUGCAACUGAAACAGGUGAUUCGACUGAAAAUGCUGAAGAAACUGGAGAAGCUAAUACAACUAGUUCAUCUUCUUCAACAAAUUCAGCUUCUUCAAGCUCAACGACACAGAAUUCAACUUCAAAUGUCGGUAUCAUACAAACUGCUAGUGUUGGAACAAUUAUUCUUGGCUUCUUAUUAAGUUUCUUAUUAUAA